GUGCGACUCUUCACACCACAUCCUUGUUAAAACACAUUUCAGAGCUGCGACACCGACACCCGGUCUCAUGAAUCUUUGACGCAAACCUCCCUACCGGCCAUGAAUUGACCUGCACGUCAAGAUGCCUCCCCCCGAGUCCCGCCCCCUCCUUAUUCCUCAAAACCGCAAGCUUCGUCAUCUUCGAGGCAUCUACUUGCGAAACCUGAGCUUCAUUCGCCCUCGAGGCCACACCAUUGAUGAUACCGCUCUAAACAAGACACCCUCGAAGCUCGAAUCUCUUCGCGACACUCCUCAGCUCCAACAUGCUCUCUCCAGCGACAAUCUGCGACCCAAAGCCCUGCGCCGCCGCAGCACUGCUCUGGCCCAAGCUACACCAAUCACGAGACAGCGCAUGCUACAGUUGACCAUCGACGGUAGGGCCGCCGAUGUCUUCUUCUCACUGCAUUGCGAAGGCGAAGAUGAGCCGGUGUAUAUCAGUGAAAUGCAGGAGCAUGCCACGAACUUCAACUUUCAAUUCUUCGAUCUCAACCACCAUGGCCCCUCUGUCACCCGCUCCCCGGUGAUGACGAUCAAGAUCUGGGCGAAGCGAACAGCAUGGACUUUGCUGCUCCAAGAUACAAUAGAUCUCCGAAGUCUUCAUUUCAUCGGCAGCCUCCAGAAUCGCAAAUUUCCGCCCAACGGUCUCAUUUUCCACCUUGCCGACGGUAUAUACUCGCUCGAUGUCCCGGCCAAGCCCACGCACCCGAAGGAGCUGCCACCCCUCCACACAUCUUCUUACAACGCUCUGAUGAAGCUCGCGACUCUGGACAACUCUAUCCAGGACGCCAUUGCGACACAGGAGCAGCUCACAUCCCAAAUCAACGACAUACUCGAUGAGACCGCGCACAAUGAGACGCCAGCCGCCGAGGAGAAGGUGAAGCUCGCCAACAAAUACGUGGCGCAAGAGCUGCGAUCCUUGAAGGCAGCCGAAAAGCGGCGAGAGGAGCUACGCGAGUCUCUCAAGUCGCGUCGAGAGGCGAUUGCCCAAGGCCGCGCCCUCCAAGACAAGCUGGCAAAGGAUAUUGUCGACGCCACAGAGCACCUAUCGGCAUCUAAAGAAGUUCUUGCCAAGACCAAGGAGACGAUUCGCGGUCAGCGACGCCGCAUUUGCGCAGACCUCGGCAACAUCUACCAGAUCACGCCCUGUCCUACUGGUGCUCCCCUCUCGUUCCAGAUCGCGGGCCUGCCCCUUCCAAAUACAAGCUACGACAGCGCCACUUCACGCGGCCCUGACGACGACCUUCUCUCCGCCGCCCUGGGCCAUGUUGCUGCUCUGACCAAUGCGCUGCAAUACUACCUGUCUGUGCCGCUUCCAUACCCAAUCACGCCUUUCGGCUCACGAUCCCAUAUCCGCGACGAUAUAUCUCUGCUCACCGACCUGAACUCGGUGCAGGCGGCUCGACAGCGCGAUUUCCCUCUGUACCUCCCGCGAGGUGGAUCGACCGCGGCCCAGUAUCGCUUCGACUACGGUUGGUUCAUUCUCAACAAAAACAUUGAGGCGCUCUGUGCCAGCCAAGGGCUGAAAGUCGUCGACAUCCGCCAUACGCUGCCCAACCUCAAGUAUCUCCUGUACGUGUGCAGCGCCGGCACCGAAGAAGUUCCCGAGCGUAAGCGUGGCGGCGUCCGUGGUCUCUGGGCGGGACGGUUCAAAGGUCGCAUCCCUUCGUCGGUGGCAGGCGUUGGCGAUGAAGACUCGAGCAGCAUAGGCGGCAGUCGCCGUGGCAGCACCGACAGCGAGGUGCUCAGCCGGCAGCGUGAUGAGCUUAGGAAGGCCAUGACCGUUCGCGACGGUGCGAAUUCCCCUGUCGACUACAACUUCACUCACGGAAAUGGUGGGUCUGCGGGCCUCCCAUUCGAUGAGUUUAAAGUGUCGCUGAGGACCAAGGGCAUGAGAGAAAACGCUGGGAACUGAUGGCAGCCGUUGCCAGGAAAUUCAGGAUGGUUCAACGUUGGUCGAAUUACGUGGUUUCAUUGUUUGAGAUACCCCGGCGAUUCGUCGCCGCCGUAAUAAAAAUUGCUAAUGCUGGAAACAAUCGUAUCGAACACCAUCCGGUGGGAAUCAUCUCCAUACCCCCCAAUGCCCCAAGUGGAAAAAGUACUUGUAGCAACACUGUGAACAACAUGCGUAAAAAUACGCCAUAUGCUUUCCCUCAACGCCGUGAAACAUCAAUUAACACAACCCGUCACCAUCCCUCCGUCGUAGCAAUUACAGAGACCGCCAGAGACGACCGAGCUGCCACUAGCGCUCCGUCGGCACAAACUUGACGCUCUUCCUCCGCUCGCGCUCCCCGGGUCCAGUCCUGCUCCCCGGGCUAGAACUGAGUAUCCCUGACGUAGGUGUACCGUUCGCCAACGCCUCGCGGACGCUCUCCACCGCACGACUCUGCGGCACUUCGACGCUGUCGCCGCGGACAUUUGGCGGGAUCACGGGACUCCGUCCCC